AUGAGCGCCACCAGCACCGCUGCCUUGACGGGGACUGGCACGGGCGUUAUCCCUGCACCCGAAGGCGUGACGCCUGAUUUAAAGGAUCCUGAAAGGCAUUAUUAUACUGCAAAUCUAGUUGUGGUUAUUGUGGGUGUUACAGUCAGUACAUUAUGUCUCCUGGUGAGAGUAUAUACGCGGGUGGUUAUUGUGCGGAAGUGGCUGCUUGAUGAUGGUGAGUGCAGCCGAUCUAUCUUCUCAAUCCUAACGCAAUCACCCAAAUCCACAGACGGCUACACCCACGCCGGCUUAGGUGUUCAUGAAUGGGACCUCACCAGAGCCGUGUACAACCAAACCCUCCGAGUCCUCCUCCUCGGCUCAUUAAUGUACAUCCCCGCCCUCGGCCUUUCCAAAAUAUCUCUCAUCAUCCUCUAUUACCGCCUCUCCGACAUGCAACGCAAAUGGCGCAUAACCCUAUGGGGCAUGACCGCCUUCGUCGUCGCCUACAUGAUCAUCCUCGAAUGUCUCUUUCUGUUCACCUGCGAUCCGGUAUAUAAAGCCUGGCACCCUGGUGCAGAGGGACACUGUUGGAGUCGAGCCCCGAUAUUUAUGGCGGGCGUGGUGGCAAGUAUGUUUAUUGACUUGGUGUUGCUGGUCAUGCCGCUGCCUAUUGUUGUGAGGUUGCAAAUGGCGUCCAGGAAGAGGAUUGGGUUGGUCUGUAUGUUUGGGUUGGGAGGGCUGUCACUCGUUACGAGUACAAUGCGGCUGGCGGCGACGGUGCCGAUGUUGACGCAGGAAGACCAGACGUAUUUGCUGGGUGGGGUGGCACUUUGGAUUAAUGUCGAGGCGAGCCUGGUCAUCAUCACAGCCUGCGUACCCUCGUUCCGACAGGUCUUGAGGUUCCAUUCUUUUGGAUCAUGGAAUGAUAGUGGUGGAAGAAUUGAUCGAAUGUCUAGCACUUGCAAUCUGCGCAGUGUGCAGCGGAGGCAGGAAGGGUUCACGAAUAUAAGCAAUGAUCUCGAGAUGGACCAGAGUGGCUCGGCUGGACAUGACUCAGUCGGGACACGAAUAUAA